AUGAAUGGAUCAGGUUUGUCCAAUUACGGCUGGACCGCUAUUAACCACCAGCAACCUUCUACCUUUCCAUCCUCCGCUCGAACCGAAGUUAUUCCCGACCGCGAGUAUUUCGACAAGACCCGCAACGACGAGGCAGUAGAUGCUAAACUACCCAUCCCCCGAAACCCUCGCCCAAAAAUCGUCUCCAGCAGUGGCCGAGUCAGUAAGGCUUGUGAAAAUUGCCACGAGCAAAAAGCCAAAUGCAGUGGGCAUCGCCCGGCAUGCAAUCGCUGUCAAGAUUCUGGCGCCCACUGUUAUUAUGGCGACCGUAAAGGCAUAGCUAUGGUAAAACAAUUGAGUGAUUUGACCACACGAGUUGAAACCCUGGAAGCAUUGCUACGCGAUCUCUAUCCCAGACUCGAUACCUCGUCAGCCCAGCAGGUUGAUAGAACGCUUAGGGAGCUAAAUUCGCGCACUCCACUCACCAGAACCAAUGCUCCUACACCUCACUCGUUUGUCAGUCCCACUUGCCAUAAGAAGGAGUCGACUUGCUUAUCACCGGACAUGAUUGAGCCUACAUCUUUUUCUUCAAGAGAUUCGGGUUACACUCAGGAUGACUGUAUCCUUGAUGAAGACAUAGAGGCGAUGCGGUUUAAAGCCCAGCAGCAGUAG